GACGACCAUAUCCGAUGGAAAUUAUGGAGUCGAAUCGAGUCAAUAAAAAAGUAGUACUGCCUUCCACAUAUCUAUCAUGAACUCGUCUAAAUAUGUCUUCAGCUUAAUCAUCGGUCUUAUCCUCUACGACUCAUCGUUGGCUGGAAUCUUCUCAAUGAGCCCCGUCAUCUCAACAAGCACAUUCCACGUCGCCCUUCCAUGCGACUUCGCACUCUACCGUGCCCAAUCCACACACAACUGGAUGGCCUUAAUUCAGAACGGCUUCAAUAUCACCACCCCAACAAUAAAACUAUCACACACCGACUUCCACCUCCCAACCCUCCCCAGCCAAGUCCACAUCUCAUGCCUCUACGGAAUAAUGUCCGCCAUUCUCGUCCGCCUGACAGCAAACUACCACCGUCUGAUCAUCGGCUCCGACCUCAGCCAAGCAGAUUGGCAUCAACACAUACCCUGGCGAAUAUACAACCUCGAUAAACGCGCAACUUCAAUAACUAAUGUAGUUAUACAUUUCAUCCAGCUUUAUGAUACUAUCCUGGCCAACUCAAACCCAAAUUGCAUCGUUAUCUGGCAUAAUCUAUGUCUCCUCUUAACAGCCGAUAUCCGUCUCCAUGAACGUGCUGCCGGCCGAGAAGGCCCCGAGGCGAUGCAAGCAGCCCGACGGGCCAUCAGUCUUUGGGCAAAGACCCCCGCUGCACGUCGAGCGUGUCUACAUGCCGCCCAGAUAUUCCAUACCCUUUCGAACUGGAAGCCGAUGGAUGGUAUGGGAUUCCAGCCUGCGCGGUGUCUGUUGAAUUCUGCGCUUGUUCUUGCUUUGUAUACAUUGGUUAGUCCGACUAGGGCUACGGAGACUAGGCACACUGAUGUUUUCGAUCUUGCCACGGCAGACAUUGACUGGAAGGUUGUCGGUGAUGAGGGCAUGACUGAUAGUGUCUCUGGGGAAGGUCAACGUGAACAGUUGAGGGCCGAUGAUCCUGCUGUCAACUUUAUUCGUUUUGGGGGGCCGGUUGUUCUCUGUGGGAAAGCGUAUUUCGGGGGCGCUAGUUAUGCGCGGAGGCUUUUGUUGGAUUUUGCGAGUCUUUUGGAUGAGGUGGGGAGGCAUUGGAUGGCGAAAUAUCCGAGGCUUUUGUAUAUGAUUCAUGAUACUAUGGUGGAUGUGGAUAUUGGGGGUGAGAUGAGGGAGAGAACUGCUUGAAUUGGG